UUUUCCAAUGAGCAUGAAGGGAUAGAUAGAUAUUCAAAAUACAUUUCAUUUUUAUUUGUAUACAAUAGUUCCGGUUUACAGUUAUUAGUAAUUGCAUUAAGAGUUCCGUUGUGGGAUGUUCCUGGGAUAAGCACGGAAAAGCUGAAAUAUACUCAUCUCAUUAGCACUGACAACAAUUGUUUUGGUCUCAGCUGUUGAAGUUGUUCUCAGGUGGAUUAGAUAGAUGGACGCAAUGGGAAUAAAAGGGAUUGUCUGACUAAGAACAGCAUGAAGGCUCGGUCAUCGACCCCUGUUCACGUGCACGCAGAGGACUCCACCGCGGUUCAUGUGCACGUGCAGAGAAGCCAGUCUUUGCCCUCGUCUGCGGAGAGGGUCUUGCCCAAAUCAAACAUCACGGCCUCCUCGGUAAUCAGGUCCAGCGACCGUGCGGCUGCACCUGCCACACAAAAGGCGGAACUCGGUCCCAAGAGGCCUGGAGGCGGGUGUAUGCCUGCGGAGAGAGACCGGGCCGUUUCCUUUGAAGAAUCUUCCUCGGAUGUGCCAGCCGGCUCUGGGACGUCCGCUGAAGAGCUGGCUCAGGGUUCGAGCCGGCCGGACGGAGCCGGCGGGACUUACUGCGGCCAGUGGGAGCGGGACAGGGAGAGAGCGAGGUCUGAUCAUGAGGAACUGACUCCUGACAGCAGCCAGCUUCUGCUGACGGCCCUGCAGGACGCUGAAAAAGCCGCCAACUCCGCCGCCAUCCAGCUUGUGUCCUUUAAAGAGCUUCUGGGGGACCGUUCGGCUGAUUCAAGAUUAAAUGCCUCGGAGGAGCGGUGGAUGUCGCGACAGAAGGCCCUCCUGCUGGAGAAGCUGGAGGCGUUUAAAAGCAUGAACCGGGCCGUGCGGCUGCAGCUGAAGGACUUCCAGGACCGAGAGGCAGAUCGACUGGAGGCUGACAGGCACAUGUACGUUCUACUGAAGAAACUGACUCUGACAGAAACCGAAAACCUGAACUUAAAAAAAGACCUCAGUGAAAAAGAGCGGAGGAUUGAAGAACUGAUAAACAUAAAGCAGAAAGAAAAGGAGAAACUGGAAACUGUGAUGCAGCUGUCAAAAUCAGUGGAGACCACUCGAGCCCACCUGCAGGGGCAGCUUCGCAACAAGGAGUCCGAGAACAGCCGUCUGACUGUGCAGCUGAGGGGUUUGGAGAAAACCAUUGCAGAACAGAAGCUGCAGAUUGAAAGCCUGAAGACUCAGAUCUCAUCCGUGUCGGAGAAGGAGAAGGAAGAGAAGGAGGCUCUGAAGAAAGCAACUCGAGUUCAGAAGCAGCGAGCGGAGAAGUUUGAAACUGCGAUGGAGAAAUCAUACGCUCUGCUGAGAGAGAAGGAUGCGGAGCUGGCGAGCGUGCGGGCUGAGGUGGAGGUGUGGAGGCGGAGGCAGGAGGAGGUGGUGGAGGUGAAGACCCCUCUGGAGGCGCAGGUUGCAGUUCUCAAACAACAGAUUUCUGAGAUGACUGAGCUGCUUCAGAGUGAGAGAGCGAAUGUCAGGAUGUCUAAUGAGGACCUCUUGCAGAAGGUGGAAGAACUGAACUCAGAAAAUGCAGAUGUGAGCCUGGAAAAUGCUGCUCUGAAGGCCUCCGUCUCUGACCUGGAGGAGAAACUGAGGCGCUGUGUAGAAGAGAUGCAGGAACAGGCCAGCAUCUCCCAGCAUCAGAAGCAGCUCCGCGAGGACUACCAGACUCAGGUUGCGGAUCAGCAGAAGGAGGUGGAGGAGCUGAAGACGCGCUUGGAGAGGGUUUUGAAAGAGAAGGAGGAGUUGAUGGAGGCUAAGGAUGCAGAGGUUCGAAAGGUGAGAGAGCAGCUGCAGGUGCGUGUGUCGGAGCUGGAGGCUUACCCAGAGCUUCUGAGCGCAGCCGAGCAGCGGGUGAGGGACUGCCAAGACAGGCUGGGCCUCUCCCAGGAGACUCUAUCUCUGGAGGCCCACACUCUUCAGCAGCUGCAGGCCAAGAUGGAAAACCAAACAGAGCAGCUGAGAUCUUCUCUGGACAUGAAGGACUCAAUUGGAGAGGCAAACACUGACCUGCAGGGCAAGAUCGAAUCUCUUCAGAGGAGAGUGGAGGAGGUGGCUGCAGAGAACAGAGAUCUGGUGCAGAAGCUGUCUGUCCAGGAGGAGGCACUGCAGUACAGCGGCAGGCAGCUGGAGCUGCGCUCUGCUGAGUGUCUGUCCCUCACCCGCCAACUGGAGACGGCGCUCGCCGACGUCAAGCAGCAGGUUUCUAUAGUGACGGAGAAGGCUGCGGCGAGGGAGAGAACCCUGCAGAGUAGAAUCCUGGAGCUGGACUCCGAGAGGAACCGGAGCGAGAAGGAGCUGAAAGCACUUAGGCUGAGCAAAGAGUCUAUGGAGAAACAGUUUGAAGUACGCCAGAAAGACCUUCAGUUGAGAUUGGACCAAUCAGAAACCCACAAACGGAGCAUUCAGAACUACAUCGACUUCCUCAAAAACUCGUACACAGCCAUGUUUGAGGACAGCCUUUCACCCGACCUGGGGUUCUCUUCCUCUUUCAAGUAGAGCUCUGCACUGAAACGGUGUGUGUGCGUGUGCGUGUGCGUGUGUGUGCGCGCGUGUGUGCGUGUGUGUGCGUGCGUGUGCGCGCAUGCGUGUGUGCAGGUGCGCAUGCUUGGUCCAGACUGAAGAGCAUAAUUUAUUAUUUGAUAGUGCUGAUUUUUUUAACUGUGUGACUCCACUUAAACUGAGUACAUUUUUCCGCUAAGUGUUUGCCUGUAUAAAUAUGAAAUAUAACUUAAAAUGAAUGAACAGGAUCCACAACAUGUCACAGUGGACAAAACAAAACACAUGUAAGCCAUAUCUUUGUGUGUCUGUUUACUUUUUAAAGAAAUAAACUUGUUACUCAAA